UGCCCGGAAUCUUAUAAACGACGGACCACGAAAACAAGCAGCUGAUCAAACGAUCUCUGUUCUGUUUUUAUCGUACGUUUAAUUACUUUAUUACAUUUCUGUAUUGGUACGUUUAGGAGGGCGUUGUUAUCGUUAUCUGUUGUCGUUUUUAAUGCUCACUGUCUAUAAACAGCGAACAGCUGUCGAUUUGGUGAUUUAAAGUAUCUAUAAUGACAUCUAAACCUACGUGUCUAAUUGUGGCCAGUGCUGCAUCCGCAGGAGUCUCAGCACGAUCCUUCCAUCAGUGUUUUAAUUUGUGCAGUUCGGUGUUUAACCUGCAGACAGCGACACCUGGCGGGAAGACCAUAGACUUCACUGGCGUGGAUGACAGCACAGCCCGAUGGGUGCAAGAGUUCAGCGUCAAACCCUACGCCAGCCCAGCCAAGCUGGAGUCUAUCGACGGCGCCCGCUAUCAGGCCCUCCUUAUCCCCGACUGUCCGGGAGCCCUGAACGAUCUCGCCCACAGCGGAUCCCUCGCGCGAAUCCUGUCCCACUUCAUUUCUCACCAAAAGCCUGUGUGCGCUGUGGGACAGGGUGUAGCCGCUCUCUGCUGCGCUACAGAGGACCAGAAAUGGAUAUUUAGCGGCUACAGCAUGACCGGGCCCUCUGUGUUCGAGCUGGUGCGUUCUCCUGAAUUUGCCAACCUGCCGCUGAUUGUGGAGGAUUUCAUCAAAGACAACGGUGGAUCGUAUACAGCGAGCGUCGAGGACGCCGUUCACGUGGUGCUGGACCGCCAUCUUGUAACGGGCCAGAACGUUCAGUCCACAACAUUCGCCGUCAAUAACCUGACUCUGCUUUGCAACAGCAGAUAAACGCCUCAUUUGUUCAACAAGGGACCACACCAUGAAAUGUGAACUAGAAGAGUUUUUGAAGUGACUUUUGACAGCACAUUCACGAAUAUGAAAUGCAUGCCUUGGCACUCCAGUUUAAUUUGGCACUUAAAAUUUCGUUGAAUAUUUUUAAAUGUGCAUUUUUUUUACUAUAACAUCUUAAUUUGAAUGCUUAAGAGCACAUACUUUAUACGUAACUGCAUUUCAAAGCCACUAAAAUUACUAAAAACAAAAGCGCCACAUUUCAGCUUUUAAGUGCAUCAGACUUCGAUUUGUUAGUGCAAACGUUAUUAUGAUUUUCUUUGGUUAUGAAGAGCAUCGUUGUGAAGGAGGGGGCAGUUUAUACCCGAAUACGUAGCUCAUAAGAGGAACUGAUUCGUUCUGAGGUGUUUUGUUUCGCCUCGUUUUCUAACGUCCAAAAAUGAUGCCGUGCUGCUUCAACAAAGUUAUGAUUUGCAACGUAAAAGAAAUCAAAUCUGUAACGCGCAGUAUUAGAAACAUAAUACAGUAUGAAAAACCAAAUUGUACCUUGAAUUGUAUUCUCGAAUUAAAGAUUAAAAUGCUG